AUGGCAGAACAGCUGUACAAGCAGCACUCGUCGUGGCCGCUACUCAGCAACCCUGCAGAAAAAGCAGCUUUUGUGCGUCUGUCAUUCCUUUGUGGUCUUGUGGGUGCCAGAAGUGCCAUUGCCUUUGUUGCAGUACGAAAUCGUGGCUCUGUUGGCUCAGACUUGCACUCCAGGUCAUCUCAUGCGAUGCCCGAGAUAAUAUACCGGGAACCGCCGUGGCAGGUGAACAAGUGUGCACAAGGCGUAUACUACUACAACGAGGCGACCACAGAGUCGUUUUGGACGCAGCCUCGCGAGUUGGAAGGAUGGCAGCAGCGACAGGCUGGAUCUCAACCUCCACAGCCACAGCAACCUGCGCCUCAGGCGCAAGCUUAUCCACAACACCCACCACAUCCACAUCCACAGCCCGUCCCACAUCCCGGACAAGCAAGCGCACCGCCGGCCUAUGCCGUGCCAGGACAACCUCAGCCCCCAGGAGCACCCGGAGCGCCGCACGGAGUACCGCACGGAGCACCUCACCAUCCACCCCCAGGUGAGCCAGUCCAAUAUCAUGCACCGCCGCAGCAUGGACCUCCCGGCUACCCGCCGCCAGGCUAUGCACCACCGAGCUAUCCGCCUCACGGAUACCCUGCACACGCACCACCGCCAGGCUAUGCCGGUUACGCACCGCCUCCGGCCGGCUACUAUCCACCGGGCUACCCAGCCCCGGGCUGUGCCGCACCGCCAGGCUACCAUCCGUAUCCGCACCCGCCACAUCUUGGAGCUCCAGCACCGCCGCCUGCACACACAGCACCUCCUGCUCCACCGCCCGAGAAGGUGAGAAUGGCCGGAGACGGGGUGGAGGCGGAGGUGGAGGUGGCGGCGAAUGUUAUUGCUGUGGCGAGUCAGGCCAUCUGGCUCGGGACUGUCCAAACAAGGGCAAAGAAGGCUUUCGAGAAAUGUGUGGUGAUUUCCGGAAGGGCGAAUGCAAUCGCGGCGAUAAGUGCCGCUACUCUCAUGGUUCUGCAGGAGGUCGUCGCUGACCUCAGGAAGGACAUUGGAGCAUCCGAGACACCACAUGGAUGCGGCAGGUUCAGCAGGCAAAGCGUGAAGGGGUGCAUGCUCAGGUAA